UGCGCGCGCGCGCGCCCGCGCACUCUCCCCUGCGUCUCGCGCCUCGGUGACCCUAGUGAGCCGGAGGAGGCAGAGACCCAUCCCUCCCUGUGCCCUCCCCGACCCCCAUCCUCGCAUCUCCGUGGCCCUCAGAUUUGCUCCCGCUGUUCCUUUCCCAAAGGAAUUUGCCUAUCUGGAUGACCAAUGUCCAGUGCUGUUGUCUGUUCAGCCAGAGGCUUGGGGAAGGAUCUUAUCAGAUCAGAACUCUUUGUGAGUAGGGAUUCUUCUAUAAAAGACAAUGACUACUGACGAGGCCACCAAGAAUGAUGGAGAGAAUCCAGCAGUUGCUCUUGCUGAACGAGGCGAAGACAUUACUCCCAAAAAAGACCGAGGUGUUCUAAAGAUUGUCAAAAGAGUGGGGAAUAAUGAGGAAAUGCCUAUGAUUGGAGACAAAGUUUAUGUCCAUUACAAAGGAAAAUUGUCCAAUGGAAAAAAGUUUGAUUCUAGUCAUGAUAGAAAUGAACCUUUUGUCUUCAGUCUUGGCAAAGGUCAGGUUAUCAAGGCAUGGGAUAUUGGAGUUGCUACCAUGAAGAAAGGAGAGAUCUGCCACUUACUGUGUAAACCAGAAUACGCAUAUGGUUCUGCUGGCAGCGUCCCUAAAAUUCCCUCGAAUGCAACUCUUUUUUUUGAGAUUGAACUACUUGAUUUCAAAGGAGAAGAUUUAUUUGAAGAUGGAGGCAUCAUCCGCAGAAUCAAGCAGAAAGGGGAAGGUUACUCAAACCCAAAUGAAGGUGCAACAGUAGAAAUCCACUUGGAAGGCUCCUGUGGUAACAGGACAUUUGAUUGCAGAGAUGUAGUAUUUGUUGUUGGAGAAGGGGAAGACCAUGACAUCCCUAUAGGAAUUGAUAAAGCCCUGGAGAAAAUGCAGAGGGAAGAACAUUGUAUUUUGUAUCUUGGACCACGAUAUGGCUUUGGAGAAUCUGGGAAACCUGAAUUUGGAAUUGAGCCUAAUGCUGAGCUUGUAUAUGAAGUUAUUCUUAAGAGCUUUGAAAAGGCCAAAGAAUCCUGGGAGAUGGACACCAAAGAAAAACUUGAACAGGCUGCUAUUGUCAAAGAGAAGGGAACAGUGUACUUCAAGGGAGGCAAAUAUUUGCAGGCAGUGAUUCAAUAUGGGAAGAUUGUAUCCUGGUUAGAGAUGGAAUAUGGUUUAUCAGAAAAGGAAUCUAAAGCAUCUGAAUCCUUCCUGCUAGCAGCUUUCCUUAAUCUGGCCAUGUGCUACCUAAAGCUUCGGGAGUACACCAAAGCUGUUGAAUGCUGUGAUAAGGCACUUGGACUGGAUAGUACCAAUGAGAAGGGCCUAUACAGGAGGGGUGAAGCCCAGCUGCUUAUGAAUGAAUUUGAGUCAGCCAGAGGUGACUUUGAGAGAGUACUAGAAGUAAACCCCCAGAACAAGGCCGCAAAGCUGCAGAUCUCCAUGUGCCAGAAGAAAGCCAAGGAGCACAAUGACCGGGAUCGCAAGAUAUAUGCCAACAUGUUCGAGAAAUUUGCAGAGAGAGAUGCAAAGGAAGAGGCUGGUAAAACAGUAAGUGAUAAGAUGCCAGAAGGGGUCCCCUCUAAGAAGAUCCAACCUGUAGAAGAGCCAAUAAUGGAAGACAAAGAUUUGGAAUGCCAUGUAUGACAAAGUACAAAAAAGGGAGAGGGAAAAUUAAUGAAUUCAGCCCCCUCCUCAAUGACUUCUACAGAACUCAGGACUAAACAAUGUUUCUUGUCAAGUUUGUUGUAGUCUAUGUGAUUCUGGACACAAGCAGGCAAACUUGUGGCUUCCCAAAAAAUAUCCCCUUGCUGCCCAUUACCUUCACUGAAAGGGUCAUGUGGGACCACUGUAGGUGGUACAAAAAAAUAGAUGCAGCUGUUGGGGUUAGGAAGUUGGACCAGCAGCUUGAGUCCAGCUCAUUUCAGUUCAUGUCCCAAUUUUUUUAUAUCCAAGUUAGAAUAUUCUAAGACCCUAGCAAUUUGAAGUUAUUUGUUUGGAUCAUACAUCUGAUGAUCAGGCUUUAGUUAUACUUUAGAGAGACUUAGAAUAAUUUAAAGAAUCUUUCUUUUUAUUGGGCUACGAGCAGUAUCUUUGAAGGGAGCUCCCAAACCAUUGAGACUAUAUAGAUCCACUUGAGCAUUUGUAUAGGGAACAGGAAUGUGUGGAGGUUUGUUUGUUUGUUUUUAAAUAACUGAAUAGCUAAAGUACUUACCAAUACAACCCUGUUGUUUUAACGAAGAGAGCAAAUAUGAAGGAAAAUAAUCUGAGAUCACCUUGUGCAAACAACGUUGUUAACAAACCUGAGAGCUAAGCCUGCAGGGGCCACACCUGCUCCCUUAACCUUCUCCUCUUUGCUCACAGCUCUUAUACUGCUUUCAUAUAUGGAUCUUAACCAGUCAACUUUUCCUGGAUCAGUAAUUCAUGGGCACCCAUUCUCCUGUCACAAUGACUAGCAGACAAGUUUGGGUGUUGAUUUUUCCCUUUUUUGGAUGAAGUAUUGAAAUGCUCAAAUGUGAAGGAAAAAAGUAAUAGCAAUUUCUCUUUUCUUUUUCUCUUCCUUUGAAAAAGUCAUGCGGAAUACAAUACCUCUUGCUAGCACUGCUACUGUUCAAUUCCUUAUUUCCAUUCUAAUCCACAUUUUUAGAAACUUAAAAACUUGUUCUUAUAAUAUCUUAGACCUGGAGUGGAUUUAUUUACAUCUCCAUAUAUAAUUGAUGCAGCUUUUUUGGUUUUGUUAUUUAAGAGAUUAUCAGAGUUUAAAAUUAUAUUGAAUUUUUAAGGAUUUCAUUUACUCUCUUGUGAGAAAAAAAUGCUACUUUGAAAAUAAUUGAUAUUCUGUUACUUAGUUUUAAAAAACAAAGCCUAUGGGAUUUGGAAAGCAAUUAUUCUUCCACUUAAGGGUAUUACAUAUGGGUUUAGCAUUGUCAUCAUUUUCUUUUCUAAUAUUGAUAGUUUCUCUGUUCUGAAUUGGGUUAUGAGCAGUGAAUGAGCAACAUGCUAUAUAGCAGGUGACUCAGCAUUAAGUCCUUAGCAUCUAAGCACAAAAUUAAGUACUGUGAGUACUCUAGUUUUAUUUUUUAAAUAUUUCUAGAAGUUAAUUUUAGCUUUUUGAUCUAAAUGAGAUAAUAAGGUUCAGUAGAAUCCUACCUUGCAAAUCUCUAACCAAUGUCAUUAACAGUGUGAAUACCAUUAAAUGAAUAAUUUAGAACAAUUUAAUAUUUAUUAAGCAUCUACUGUGUACAUAGAGCAUUGAGGUAGGUGAGGAGGGGAAAAUAAAAAUAAGAUUGUUCCCUACCUUCAUGAAAGCAAGUCUAGUAAGAUGGGGAGAAGGGUGUGAGGAUGGUGAAGUAUAUUCAUACCAGUAGCUACAGUGAAGAUACAAAGAGAAGUAAUACAAGAAUUCCCAGGAUGAAAAAUUCAUCCCAACUGGGGUCACUAGGGAGGCUUCAUUAAACCUUCAACUUUAUUCAUGUCACUUUUAAAAAUCUUAAGGCACUGUUGUCAGUUAUCUUUUAAAAUACUUAUAUUUUAUUCUUGUUAUUCUUUUAAAAAUAUCCAACCAAGCCUCUCUGGUAUUGACUUCUAAACCUGAAAAAUCAAACUUUUUUUCCUGUAAAAUUUAUCCUUAAAAUUUAUUUAUUGAGCAAAUGUGGUAAAUACUCAUCUGGAGUACUCUGCUCUGAUGAUAAUCGAAGCCAUACUGAUUGUCUCUCACCUGACUUUUUGUUUCUUCACCAAAUAUUUCUAUAGGAAACCCCAAAUUCAGUUGAGAAAAAUAAAAAGUCACUUUGCUCAUUGUUGGUAUGUACUGGUGAACUCAACAGAUUAGAGCAUGGUACUAAGCAAACCAGAGCUUAAGCUUUGUUUCCAUGCAAUCUAGUUAGCUCCUCAAAAAGAUAAAUUUUUUUUCUGGAGCAAGACCAGCUCCAGCCAACUGUUUCCCAAAUGGUUUUUCUAGCUACAGAGAGCACUGGGUAUGUUUGCAAAGGAUUUAGAACAAACCAAUAUGACUAGAGAUCUAGUCCUUACUACUGGAAAACAGUUCACAUACCUGACAGAAUCAGUCAGUACAAUAAUGUUGUCCUUAAAUGCCAAGGACAGUGUAUUUUAUUUAUAAAUAAAGUAGAAAUAUUUGAAGCAUCUUUAUAUAGAUGGAGUACAGAAUGGUGAGUCUACUUAUUAACAGGAAAUUAUUUUAUAGAUAUCAUCAUCCCUUUUUUCAUUUAAAUUCAAUAGAAUAAAUAUCGUUCUUUUGAGAUGGAGCAUAAGUGUAACUUAAAGUUGGGUAAACUUCACAAGAGAAAGUGUUUUCUCAAAUUUUGCUUUAAUGUUCUCCCCCAAAAAAAAGAUGGCAAAGGAGGGAGAUAAUGGAAUUAUAUCAAUAGAAUUAUUCAUGUUUAAAAAAUAAAUUGGAAUACAUUCUUUCUCUAUUCUGAUUUUAUACUAGGUCCAUUGGGGAUGCACUAAGUUUCAGUGAAUAUCCACUCAAAUGAAUUUGUUGUUAUUGAUAUAUCUAUCUGAUUCAUCCUAUGAUGAAGUGGGAAAAUGACAAGAUUUGAAGUCAGUGCACCUAGAUUCAAAUCUUAGAUGUGCCCCAGUUCCUUAUUUGUAAGAUGGUAAUUAGAUUUUAAGGCCCUCCUAGCUCAAAAAUCUAUGAACUUAUAUCAGCCUUUUUUAACCAAAAUUUAUAUGCAUAUCUUCUAACUCAGAAAGCCCAACAUGUGGGAAAUAUAAUUCACUGUGUAUAAGAAAGAUUGAGCAUUGCUGGGGAGCAGAGUUUCAUAAUCUUCCUUCUUUUACAAUGAAGAUCACAAAGAUCCUAGAGCACAAUUGCCUUGGUUUAGGGUCUCUGAAAUUCUUGAUUUCUCUGGAUUUUAAAUCCUAACCCUUCUUGUGUGAAGUAAUUUUUUACAAUACUUCCUUCAAUUUGCAUAUUUUUAAUUAAAUAUAGUUUGUAUCAAGGGAGUCCUAUUGGGCUUUUCAGUUUUGCUGAUAACAAGAGGCAUGAAAAUCCUUUUUUAUCAUUUUCUGAUGUCAGGUACUUGAUAACACAGACCAACUCAUCACCUUUCAAAUAGCAGUAGCAGAGAUAAAAGAUUUCCCCAUACUUGUUUGACCCCUCUAGCAUAGUGAGCUUCUUGAGGCUUGUUUCUUUAGUGGUGUUUCUAUAUAUACUGUGUCCCUGCUAAGAUUACCAGCUUUGCGACUAAUCCCUGCUAAGGAGUAGUCACAGACGCAGUUCGUUUUUUUGUUUGUUUGUUUUUUUUGGUCCCUUAAAAAUUCUCUGACUAGAGAAUAGAUUUUAAAAGC